AUGAUAUCGUUCAAUGGUCACACUCAAGAACGAAAUAGCAACUAUCAUUAUAACGGGGGUCAUGUGACAUCUAUCUCACUCUGUUCAUUAUCUAUCUAUCUAUCUAUCUAUCUAUCUAUCUAUCUAGCUCAGUCUCUUGAUAUCUAUCUCAGUGCGUCCAUAUCUAUCUCAGCCCGCAUCUAUCUAUCUAUCUAUCUAUCUAUCUAUCUAUCUAUCUAUCUCAGUCUCUUGAUAUCUAUCUCAGUGCGUCCAUAUCUAUCUAUCUAUCUAUCUAUCUAUCUAUCUAUCUAUCUAUCUAUCUAUCUAUCUAUCUAUGUUCAUAUAUAUCUAUCUGAGACUACUGUUCAUGCUCUCUCUCUCUCUCUCUCUCUAUCUAUCUAUCUAUCUAUCUAUCUAUCUAUCUAUCUAUCUAUCCUAGACACCUGUUUAUCUCUCUCUCUCUAUCUCUGUUCAUUAAACAUCAUCUAUCUAUCUAUAUCUAUCUAUCUAUCUAUCUAUCUAUCUCUGUUCAUAUGUAUCUAUCUGAGACUGUUUCAUCACUCUCUGUCUCUGUCUCUGUCUCCUCUCUCUCUGUCUCUCUCUCCAUUCUAUCUGUGUUUUCAUCAUCAUCAUCAUCAUCAUCAUCAUCAUCAUCAUCAUCUUUCCCCUCUCUCCCGCCCUCCCCUCCUCUUAUACGUUAACCGCCCUUCUUUCUUUCUUGCCUUGACGUUCUCAAGUUUCCUGUCCGUUUCAUGUCGGCUCAGUGUCAGCUAG